AUUAUAUACCACGUUUUUUUCGAAGCUUCACUGCUCGCACUUUCAUUUUGCUUACUGCUGUUACACAAGAAGCACUCAAAAAAAGACAACUACUUUAAAAUCGAUUGAGAAUUAUUUUAUAUAGACAACUUUUUAUUUAGCAUAUAUAAACAUAAACAGCUGCAGUACAAACUCACAACAUGGAUUUGCUUUGCAAUGAAUCGAAUUCAAUUGCUAAUGUUCAAAAAAGUACGCUCGAUAAAAACUUAAUAGACGACAAUCGUGUAUUAGAAAGACUUUUAAAAGUUGAGGAUCAUUAUACUCCAAGAUGCGAUUAUUUUAAAAUUGUUCAAAAAGACAUCCAGCCAUACAUGCGAAAACUUGUCGUUUCUUGGAUGUUUGAGGUUUGCGAAGAACAACGAUGUGAAGACGAUGUAUUUCCUCUUUCCGUUAAUUUGUUAGACAGAUAUUUGAGCCUUGUUAGUAUUCAGAAAACUCAAUUGCAAUUGUUAGGGACUACGUGCAUGUUUCUUGCAUCUAAAUUAAAAGAAACAAUACCUCUUACUGCAGAAAAAUUAGUUAUAUAUACAGACAAUUCCGUCACUUUAGAAGAACUUUUGGAUUGGGAAAUCAUAGUAUUAAACAGUUUGCGUUGGGAUAUCGCUGCUGUUGUUCCCAAUGAUUUUAUUGAAUACUUGUUCUCACGGAUGGAACUUUUACCAUGCACUGAAACAGAAACUAUUCGGAAGCACGCUAACAGCUACAUUUCACUUGGUUGCAUAGAUUUCCGAUUCAGCAUUUUCAAUUCGCCUUCUAUGAUUGCAGCUGCUGCGAUAUGUGCUGCAUGUCAAGGUUUGUCUUAUCAACUUGGUUCGUCAUUUCCAACCAAAUCUGAAGUCAUCCAUAGGUUAACAGAAAUUACUGGAGUAGACGAGGAUUGUUUGGUGGAAUGUCAACAAAGAAUGGAAGAUGUUUUACGCACGAGUCUGUUACAGGAAACCACUAAAUUGAAUGAAUAUGAUAACAAUAAUGAUACCAGUAAACUCAUUAAUGAACAGCAAUAUUCACUUACGCCAACAGAUAUAUUAGCGGUUAGCUUUUAAAGAUCUUACUUCGAUAUCCGUGGUGAUACUACGAUGUAUUUUGUGAGAGAAUCUCCUCGUUUAAAAGUAUCAGUGAAACGCUCUAAAAAUAAUCGCUCCAAAUUAUAAUUAUUCUUAAAGCGAUUUUUGGCAUCAAUUGCUUGCAGCUUUCGUAUUUAUUAACAUGUCGUUCAACUAUAUAGAAUAUAUUUAUUACAUUUUAUUAAAACAAGUAAAAAUAUAGUGUGGAUAUUGGGUAGCUACGGUUUUCAGAUAUCCCUUUUUUAAGUUUUUGUUCACUUUUUUUAUUAGUUAAUUUUCGCUUUUUUUUUCUUUUUUUAAAAGUUAAUUCGUCUUUUGGUUCGGUUAUAAAUUAUACAGACGUGUAUUUGUUAUAAUAAUACUUAUAAAUAAAUUUGUGUAUAUAUUUAAAUUAUUAGACUCAGUCAAUGACAAACCUAACUCAUUUCACACUUUGAGUCUUGAAAUAGGAUGAAAUCUUCAAACGAGGCAUUGCGGGUCAAUACUUCUGAAUAAUUGAGAUUCAAAAUUGCUUUUUGGUAGAGCUCAAAAAUUAUAAUUUGUUAUCGGUUUAAAAUUGUAAUAGCAAGUUUAUACUGUUUUUAACUGUUAAUGUUUUUUGACAUUUUGUAAUUUUUAAGAAUAAAAAAGUUGAAGUAAA